CCGCCACAGCUCCCCAUGGUGACACUGAAGGGUUCCAGUAUGGGCCGUUUGGGCUGGGUCCUCCUCACCCUCCCAGCCCUGCUUUCCCAGAUCAGUGUACCAGCAGCGGCCCAGAAGCCACCUGGGAUAAGUGUUGGGGUGAUCUUGGGUCAGACGAGGCCAAUCAGUGACCAGGAUAUAAUCCCGGUGAGGCGGAACGACGACCCUGUGGAGCUGACAGUCACCACUCUGAGAAUCAACCAGACAGACCCCAAGACAGUCAUCACACAGGUGUGUGAGCUGCUCCAGAAGAAGCCUCUCCAUGGCCUUGUCUUUGCUGAUGGGUCGGACCAGGAAGCUAUCUCUCAGAUCCUGGACUUCCUGUCCUCUCAAACAUCACUUCCUGUCCUGGGGGUGUACGGGGGAUCCUCCAUGAUCAUGGCCGACAAGGAUGUGGAGUCUACGUUCUUCCAGUUUGGAGCGUCUCUGAUGCAGGAGGCGUUACUGAUGAUGAACAUCAUGGAGGAAUAUGACUGGCACAUCUUCUCUAUAGUCACCUCUAAGUUCCCUGGGUACCAGGAGUUUAUAAAUGUCCUGCGCGUGACGGUGGACCACAGCUUUGUGCGUUGGGACCUUCAGAGCGUCGUCACGCUGGACGCUGUGGACGGAGACGCCAACUCUAAAGCUCAUAUCCAGCUGAAGAGGAUCCAGAGUCCUGUUAUACUGCUGUACUGCUCCAAGGAGGAGGCCAGGUAUAUAUUGGAAGAGGCCAGGUCUCUGGGUCUGACCGGGUCGGGCUACAUCUGGAUCGUACCAAGUCUGACCACAGGGAACCCCGACUUCACCCCAGACAUCUAUCCCCUGGGGAUGAUCUCUGUGUCCUACAACGAGAUGGAGUAUCCCCUGGAGAGCCGCCUUAGAGACGGAGUGGGCAUCAUCGCCACGGCAGCCGUCGCCAUGCUGAGGGAGAAAGGGGAGGUGCCAGAACCCCAAGGGAACUGCUACAGCCAAUCAGAGAAGGGAAAGACUCUGCCCAGCGCCCUGAGAGGGCACAUGAUGCACGUGACCUACGAAGAGCGGGACCUGUCCUUCACCGUCGACGGUUACCAAGCCAACCCCAAACUGUCCGUCAUUGUCCUUCAUCCAAACAGGACAUGGGAGAAGCUGGCCCUGUGGGAAAGCUACUGCUCCCUAUUGCACAGCCCAUUGUGGAACAGGUAUAACUCAUGGGGAGACGAGGAGGCCGAUGAGAACCACCUGUCUAUAGUGACUCUGGAGGAGAAGCCCUUCGUCGUCGUUGACAACGUAGACAUCCUGACUGGAACCUGCAUGAGGAACUCUGUUCCCUGUAGGAAACAUGUUAAAGAUAACUCUACAGAAGGCGGAGGGUCCUAUAUAAAGCAGUGUUGUAAAGGGUUCUGUAUCGACAUCCUGAAGAAGAUCGCCCGGAACGUCAAGUUCACCUUCGACCUCUACCUGGUGACCAACGGAAAACACGGCAAGAAGAUCAACAACGUCUGGAACGGCAUGGUGGGAGAGGUGAUUGAAAAGAAGGCAGCGAUGGCAGUGGGGUCGUUGACCAUCAAUGAGGAAAGGUCAGAGGUCAUAGACUUCUCUGUCCCCUUCGUGGAGACGGGCAUCAGCGUCAUGGUCGCCCGGAGCAACGGCACCGUCUCCCCCUCCGCAUUCCUCGAGCCAUUCAGUGCGUCUGUCUGGGUGAUGAUGUUUGUGAUGUUACUCCUGGUAACGGCCGUCUCUGUCUUCCUGUUUGAGUUUGUCAGUCCACUGGGAUUCAACCGCAACUUGGCCCAGGGCAAAGACCCCCACGGUCCGUCGUUCACAGUGGGGAAGGCGGUGUGGCUGCUGUGGGGUCUGGUGUUCAACAACUCUGUCCCUGUUCAGAACCCUAAAGGCACCACCAGUAAGUUCAUAGUGUCGGUGUGGGCCUUCUUCGCCGUCAUCUUCCUGGCCUCUUACACAGCCAACCUGGCUGCCUUCAUGAUCCAGGAGGAGUUUGUUGACCAGGUCACGGGACUGUCUGACAACAAGUUCCAGAACCCGUAUGCAUACUCCCCUCCAUUCCGUUUUGGGACGGUUCCUAACGGUUCAACAGAGAGGAACAUCAGGAAGAAUUACCCCGACAUGCACGAGUACCUGGUGAAAUAUCACCAAGGAGGUGUGCAGGAUGCACUGGUCAGCCUCAAAGCAGGUAAACUGGAUGCCUUCAUCUAUGAUGCUGCUGUGUUGAACUACGCUGCCGGCAGAGACGAUGGCUGUAAGCUGGUCACCAUCGGCAGCGGGUACAUCUUCGCCACCACCGGCUACGGCAUCGCUCUGCAGAAAGGGUCGCACUGGAAACGACAGGUGGACCUGGCUAUACUGGCCAUCAUAGGAGAUGGUGAGAUGGAGGAGUUGGAGGCUAUCUGGCUAACGGGGAUCUGUCACAAUGAGAAGAACGAGGUGAUGUCCAGUCAGCUGGAUGUAGACAACAUGGCCGGAGUGUUUUACAUGCUGGCUACCGCCAUGGGCCUGUCUCUCAUUACCUUCAUAUCAGAACACCUCUUCUACUGGAGGCUGAGAUACUGUUUCACUGGAGUCUGUAACGGACGACCUGGUCUGCUCUUCACCAUCAGCAGGGGUAUCUGGUCUUGUGUCCACGGGGUCCAUAUAGAGUUAAAGAAGAAGCCUCCGGAGUUGGACUUCUCUCCUCAGGCCAACAUGUUGCACCUUCUGAAGUCAGCGAAGAAGAUCACCCUGUCUUCUUCAUCUCCUAAACGCUCCCCGGCCUUGCUGCAGCCCGGUAUCAUCAACAUGAUGAAAGGUAACUCUGUCGUCAGUCUGUCUCCUAAAGGCCAGGGUGGUCUCUAUAGCAACACUUCCACUCUACAGGGCUUCCUGGGUCGGCACAAAGACCUGCUGAAUAACUCAUCCCCAGGCCCGUACCCUGGGAAACCCAAACCCCACCCCCUCAGCCUCAACGACGUAGAGGUCAGCGUUACCGCCGACAACGGCAAACCCAACCCCCCCGGCCCGUCCGGCCCCGCUUCCAAACCCCGCGCCCUAUGGAAGAAGAGCGUGGAGACGCUGAAACAAGGACCAAUCCCGUUGUCCGGUCCCGUUGGUGGUCCCGCACCCGGAUCCGCUGGCUCCGCCUCUGUCCCGGGCCAUGCAACAAUGAAGAGCCAGCGUUACCUCCCUGAAGACCCGCCCCAUUCCGACAUCUCUGAGUGUUCCAGCCGGCCCCCCUCUUACAUGGAAUCUGAUCUGGGGGGGCCCAGGAUGGGGAUGGGGGGGUUCAAACCCCCAAAAGACGGGCUGAAGAAACGCCCGGUGGGGGGGGUGGGAGGUGUAGGAGGGGGAGGCGGCAGUGGGAGGAGUCACGAGAAGAUCUAUUCCAUAGACUCAGACCAGGCCAGUCUACACUCCGCCCCGCUCUACCAGAGAGACAGCCUCCAGGAGCCCCCCGACGUCACACACACGCACUCCGACCUCAGACACUCUCACUCGGAGCACUCCAACGCCGUGGACGCUUCCAUCCUGCAGCUGAGCGCCAGUCUGCUGCACCACAGCCACUCUGCCGACGCUGACCUCCACUCUCUGAAGGACAAGAAGUACAGCACCUACAAACACACCAGCACUGGAGCUGCCUCCUCAGGCAAAGACAAGAGCAAUGGUUCCUACGAUGCCCCAGGGGGCCAGAGACAGACCCAUUGCCGGUCCUGUCUAGGGAAGUUAUCAGGUUACUCUGGUCUGUACACAGUCCGCUCCCCUCAGAACCGCUGUGAUGCCUGCAUCCACCUGGGAAAUCUCUACGACAUCAGUGAAGACCACGCACACACACACACCCAGCACACACACCCUCACUCUGGCGGGGACAUGUUCACCCACUACCUGCCUCAGAGCGAGCUGGGUCUGGUGGGCGAGGGUGAUGGGUUGGUGAGUCACUACCUCCCCCCAGCCGGGACCUCCCCCCCAGGAUCUCACCUCUCCACCCAGCUCAGCCGACAGCCCUCCUACGAGAACGUCCCUGAGAAGCAGCAGCGUCGGGGGGGCGGCAGGGAGUCAGAGCGGCAGCAGAGUCAGUUCAGAGGGUUCAGUCUGCCAGACAGGGACAACAGCAGAGAUAACAACAGCUUUGGUCUCCUGGAGGAUAGUCCCUACGCUAACGUCCUCACCAUGCGCUCUGACCGACCCUACUCCUCCUCCCCCCUCAACCACUCUCUGGAUCCUGUCCUGCCCCUCCCCUUGCCCCUCCCCCGCCGCUCCAAGUCCCUGUACCCCGACCGGCCCUCCCAUAACCCCUUCCUGCAGGGCGGAGGGGGGACGGGGCAGCGAGGAGAGAACAGCCUGGCCGCUGCACAGCGCCUGGCACACGGCCACUCCGCCACCGACCUCUACAAACAACUAGUCCCCCUGGCGAUGACGCUCGGCAACCACCACGGGCAUCCCCACGGCAACCACCAGGAGUUCUUCUACCCCGGGGCCUCAGAGACGGCCGUGAUGUCGUACGUGAUGGCUCCGCCCGCCAUGGCGGCCCAGCAGCCAAUGGGCUACGUGACGGCUCCCCGGGCCUCCAGCGCCGGUGGAAACAGGCCACGCCUCUACCGACGCAUGCCCAGCAUCGAGUCCGAUGUCUGAGACACACACACACACACGCACACACACACACACACACAGCUGAACAGAACAGUCCUAGUCCUCAGUGUUUUCUAUG